CCCAGCAACAGCCAACAUAUCUCCUCGCAUUUUCCUUGCAACCGAUUGCCUAUCCCCCUCCCAACCCAAGACCGAUGGCGCCCAAGGCCGAGAAGAAGCCCGCGGCGAAGAAGCCGGCGGAGGAGGAGCCCGCGGCGGAGAAGACGACCGCCGGGAAGAAGCCCAAGGCGGAGAAGCGGGUCCCCGCGGGCAAGUCCGCCGGCAAGGAGGGCGGCGAGGGCAAGCGUGGCAAGAAGAAGGGCAAGAAGAGCGUGGAGACGUACAAGAUCUACAUCUUCAAGGUGCUGAAGCAGGUGCACCCGGACAUCGGCAUCUCGUCCAAGGCCAUGUCCAUCAUGAACUCCUUCAUCAACGACAUCUUCGAGAAGCUGGCCGGCGAGGCCGCCAAGCUCGCGCGCUACAACAAGAAGCCCACCAUCACGUCCCGCGAGAUCCAGACCUCCGUGCGCCUCGUGCUCCCCGGCGAGCUCGCCAAGCACGCCGUCUCUGAGGGCACCAAGGCCGUCACCAAGUUCACCUCCUCCUAGGCUUGCACGCUCGCCCUUUGUAGGCAUCUCUUGUGUUGAUGUUCCCCUUGUUGUAGUUAUAUGUUGCUGGUUUCUCUGUCGGCGCUGCUCGUAACUGCGUCAUGUAACCCUGCAAGGACUUGUUUAUUUGUGAAUCAUCAACACUUUGUUGUUGAUCACUCAUGUUCCAAAAUCUGAGUUUGACGCUCGAGCAUGCCUCAUUUGUUCAUUUCGGUGCUGGAUUUUGAGCUGGUGGUUUGCAUAUACAUAUGGAUUUUAUUUCGGUUA